AUUUUUCGGAAACCCAGCCUGAGUGUUAACUCGUAAAAAAAAUUGUAAGGAAGCUGAAGCUGAUGAUGAGAUAAUAAUUAGGUUUAUUUUUAUUUGGUGAUUAAUUAAGUUAAUUUUAUCGAUUAUUUCCGAGUCUUUCGCGAUUUUAUUUCUCGAUAAACAACUAUAAUGUAAUACGGUUUUCAUUUGGUGAAAUUCAAGUGUUAAAAUGUUAAGAUUCCUUAGCAAAAAAAGGGCUCGAGUUGACCCAAAAUCGUAUAAUUUUUCCAAAACAAAUAUCCAGAAUUAUGGACCGAAUAAACAUUUACUGCAAUGCAGAAUCAUCUUGUUGGACGGUACAGAUGUAUCAGUUGACUUAUCUAAAAAAGCACUAGGAAAUGAUCUAUACGAGCAAGUGUUUUAUUCAUUGGAUUUGAUCGAAAAAGAUUACUUCGGUCUACAAUUCACCGAUGCGAAUAAUGUACAGCACUGGCUAGAUCCUACGAAAUCGGUCAAGAAACAAGUUCGAAUUGGUCCUCCUUAUACUUUACGUCUCAAAGUGAAGUUUUAUUCAUCCGAGCCGAAUCUUCUACGUGAAGAAUUGACCAGAUACCAGUUCUUUUUGCAACUGAAGCAAGAUAUUCUAGAAGGACGUCUCGAAUGUCCUGAGAACACAAUGAUCGAAUUAGCUGCCUUGGUCUUACAAUCCGAAUUGGGUGAUUAUGAAGAAGAAAAGCAUACUCCGGCAUUUAUUUCAGAAUUUCGUUUCGUUCCUAAUCAAACUGAGGAAAUGGAAAUUCAAAUAUUGGAGGAAUAUAAAAAUUGCAGGGGUUUAACUCCAGCUCAAUCAGAAAUGAAGUAUUUAAAUAAAGCCAAGUGGUUGGAAAUGUACGGAGUGGAUAAUCACAUAGUUAUGGGAAAAGAUGGAUGCGAGUAUUCUUUGGGUCUGACACCUACGGGAAUUUUGGUUUUCGAAGGCUGCCAAAAAAUCGGAUUAUUUUUCUGGCCAAAAAUAAGCCGAUUAGAUUUCAAAAAGAAGAAAUUGACGCUGAUUGUUGUCGAAGACGAUGAUCAAGGAGUAGAACAAGAGCAUACUUUCGUUUUCAAAUUGGAAAACGAAAAAGCCUGCAAGCAUUUAUGGAAAUGUGCUGUCGAACAUCACGCAUUUUUCCGACUCAGAGCUCCAGUCAAGGGAAAUUCAGCCAAGCAAAACUUUUUCCGAAUUGGGUCUCGAUUUAGAUACAGUGGAAAAACAGAAUUCCAAACUACUCAGCAAAGCAGAGCCCGAAGAACAGUACAGUUUGAAAGACGUCCGAGCCAAAAAUUCGCUCGAAGACAAUCACACGUCUUGAGAGAAAAACAAAGGAGUCCAAAAACGGCCGAUAUACCCGAAGAUAACGACGGUACAACGCCCCUCGAUACAGAUACAUCUGCGAUCAUCACUGUUGAUAAAUCAACAGUCCCUGAUGUCGUCAGCGAACUCGAUAGCGCUUCUGAUGUAUGUGAUUCAACCUCGCUUACUGAUGCAACCGAAUCGGAACCUGUAGAGAUAAAAGAGAAACGUUGCAUUACACCUAUCACCGUCACUCAUUUCCAGAGAAACGGCUCUGGGAAAUUAGAACGCGUUGUUACUCCACCUCCUCUUACUCCUCAACCCGUAGAUGACUCGACUAAUAAUCCUUUCAUGACAUCACUGCCGAUUAAAGUAUCUAACGAGAUUGUUUCAACGAAUCCUUUCAUUUCUACUACUUCAUUUUCCAAGACAAACGAUAAGGAAAAUGAAGACUCGGAGAUACUGGAAUCUAAAUCGGUUGUUAAAGAUACUCCUGUCGAAAUGGUUUCGCCCAAACUACUCGAAAAAUUUGAUAAAAUACUCGUAACUUCUCCUCGCUUAGCUGCCAAAAGUGAUAAACUCGUGUCUCCUAAAUUUCCACGUAAUGACGUAGUUGUGUCGCCUAAAUUGGCUAAUAAAAUUAAUAAAAAUCAGCCCGACCCAGCACAGCUGAGUCAUAUUUCACCUUGGCUGGUUUCCGAUGCUUCAGAAUUGUCUCCUAUUGGUGCAUCGAAGGAAGGAGGUGUUCCUAUAAUUCAUAAAAGUGUAGUUAUAACUCAAUUGUAAGUUGUUUUCAGUAUUUAAAAUGUGUAAAAAUCAGGGAUUUUUAUCCGUUACUCGAUAUUACGAUAAUUUAUUGGAAAAGUAUUCCAUCAUCUUUGUUUAUCAGAAUAUAAGUAUGAAUAAUAGAGAGUCCAGGAACCAGGAGUUCCUAAACAGUUCACUCGUGUACCUAUGAAAGAGAUGAAUCACUCAAAAAUUACCCAAAAUGAAAACAAAAAUCGAAUGACGAUAAUUUUAAAAAAUAUUCGACGAUCUAAAACGAAAUGUCAACAAAAAUUAACAAAUUGAAAUGUCACAUUGAAAAAUGCAUUGUUUGCGUUAACGUAAUUUGCAUUACGUUCCGUACACGUCUUGUCUAUCAGCAUUAUUUUAACUGUUUGAACCACGGUUUCUUUUUUUAGAUCUUUACAAAAACUCUUUUACUCGACUCGAUAUGAUAUUUUAGUCAAAAUGCUGUCAAGGUGUCAAAUAAUCCAUGGGUAUGCGAGUGAUUACCUGUCUGUGUACUUACUAUGUACUUACCCUUGAAUUUCAACCCAGUCAAUGAAAAAUUGUCCCUGUAAAAUACGCUGAAAAGCUGUACAGAUCAAGUCGUCACAUAUAUAGGAUAAACUAUAAGUAGAUAGGUAUGUGUAUCUAUUUACAUAGCGUCACACUCUGAAGUCUCGUAUUUAGAUUGUUUACUCGACGAAAUUUUGGUAUUUAUUACAUCCAGAAAUAGACUUCAGAAUUUUAUGAACUUUGUAUAAUAAAUAAGUAGGAAAAAUUUUUGUACAGGAUUCGAUCGGCGAAUUAAAUAACUUGUAUGUGAUAUUCUUCUAUAAUUAAGAACACUUUUUAAAAUGACAAUAAAUUUAUUUAUUAUGUUUUUAAGUUUGUAAACUUCAUACUGCCAAAAACAACGAUUUCAUCGAACCAUUCAGCUCAUCAUGGUGUUUUAUAACUUUCCAAAAUUUCCUAAUCACAUACGUUAAUUUUUUUUCUUCUUUAACGAGUGUGCCAUUUUACGGCAUUUAUAUUACGAAUCGACGAAUUCUUAUGCUUUUUUCCCCGUGGAUAAGAAAAAUGAAACGAAUAAUUGACUAUUUUUUAAAACUUUUUUUUGUUUUAAUUUCUGUGAUGUAUUUUUUAUAUUUUUAUUUAUUUUGUGAAAUAUAUUUUAGUGUUAUUUCAUCUUUUGUAUUUAUUUACUGUUCGUAAAAUUAAAGUAAUUUACAACUUUUUC